UUUUAUUUCACUCUAACAAUUUCUGUUAGAAGUGGGGAUUAGCGGUGAGGAACCUUCCAGAAAUUUCCACAGCACGAUAUUCUAUUGUAUGUAUUCAUCAAAUUUCUAGAAUUUGUUUAAUCGUUCGAAUUUCUUGUACAAUCGAGCAUCACUUUUGUUAGGAGGUUUGUACCUUGCUAAACGUUUAAGUGCAUUAUCUGAACGAUCGAAGUUGUGUCUGAUUUUGACAGGGAAAUUUAUAUUGAUUGAAAUUAAAGGGCAGUGUUCAAAAUGGUAAAAGAGACAAAAUUUUAUGAUAUUCUGGGAGUAAAACCCGGCUGUAGUCAAGACGACUUAAAAAAGGCCUAUCGGAAACUUGCCUUGAAAUAUCACCCAGACAAAAAUCCAAAUGAAGGAGAACGUUUCAAACAAAUAUCACAAGCAUACGAAGUUCUGUCAGAUCCUGAGAAAAAACGCAUUUAUGAUCAAGGUGGUGAACAAGCUCUCAAAGAAGGAGGUGGUGGUGGAGGUUUCUCUAGCCCUAUGGAUCUAUUCGAUAUGUUCUUCGGUGGUGGCGGUGCUAGAGGCCGAAGGAGAGAAAGAAGAGGAAAAGAUGUUGUACAUCAGCUAAGUGUCACACUUGAGGAACUUUAUAAAGGUGCUGUUAGAAAAUUAGCUCUACAGAAGAAUGUAAUUUGUGAUAAAUGUGAGGGCAGAGGUGGAAAGAGAGGUUCUGUUGAACCAUGUCCAACCUGUCAAGGUCAGGGAAUGCAGGUUCAAAUACAGCAACUUCGUCCAGGCAUGAUUCAACAGAUCCAAACUGUGUGCUCAGAAUGUCGUGGACAGGGUGAAAGGAUCAACCCCAAGGAUCGAUGCAAACAGUGCCAAGGCAAAAAAGUCGUAAGAGAUAGAAAAAUUCUAGAGGUCAACAUUGACAAAGGUAUGGUUGAUGGCCAGAAGAUAAUUUUCAAUGGUGAGGGUGAUCAAGAACCUGAGUUGGAAGCAGGAGAUAUUAUCAUUGUCCUAGACGAGAGGCAACACCCAGUGUUCAAAAGAUCUGGUAAUGAUUUGAUAUUAAGACCGGAAAUUCUACUUGUCGAAGCAUUGUGUGGAUUCCAAAAAGUUAUCAAGACUUUGGACGACCGACAGCUAGUUAUUACUUCACUACCUGGGGAGGUAAUAAAACAUGGUGAAGUUAAAUGUAUCAUGAAUGAGGGUAUGCCUCAAUAUAAAAAUCCAUUUGAAGCUGGUCGUCUCAUAGUUCAAUUCUUGGUAACUUUCCCUGAUUCCUUGCCUCCAGAGGUAAUCCCCUCUCUUGAGCAAGCCCUUCCUCCUAGACCGGAAAUAAUGAUCUCCGAUCAAGCUGAAGAAGUGACGUUGUUACCCUUCGAUCCAGAACAGGAAGCACGCCGCAGGUCACAAAAGAAUGCUUAUGAUGAUGAUGAUGAGAUGGGUGGAUCAGGUCAAAGGGUUCAAUGUGCUACAACUUAAUUUUGUGUAUUGACGCAUUAGUAAAUGUUUAAAGUAU